AUGUCUUUCGCCAGGAUCUACCCACUUUAUGUGCAGAAGGUCGAGAAGAAGGGGCGUAAGAAGAGCGACGUGGACCAAGCGAUAUGCUGGCUGACGGGCUACACCCCGCAGAAGCUGAAGGACCAGAUCAAGCUCGAGAAGGAUGUCGAGACUUUCUUUAAGCAGGCACCACGGCCCAACCCGAAGGCCAGCAAGAUCACAGGGACUGUCUGUGGCGUCGUGAUUGAAGAAAUCAAGGACCCAGUGAUGCGCAAAGUUCGCGUUCUGGACAAGCUCGUGGACGAGAUUGUUAAAGGCAAGCCCAUGGACGAAGUCCUGCGAAAGUAG